AUGUCCAAGGUGUUUAAACCCAGUAGCGGGAAGGGUUCCAGAAAAAGUUCGAAGGGAGCCACGCCUGAUACCAAAGCUUUUAUCCAUGCGAAGAAAAAGGACUCCGUAAGCCAGGAUAAACCAAAUAAUGGUAGUCAAAGUACGCCAGCAGUGCCGCAUUCCCAUCCCUCAGAUAUGGUUAUUCCUCACCAUUUGACCAAAUUGAUUCCUGAGUUGUAUUCCUUUCAGCAAUUGAUGGAUUCCGAGAAAAGAUUAGAUCAGUUUAUUCAUCUACGAAAUUUACAUAUGAAGCAAAUAGUGGCACAAUGGAACAACUCCAAGGCAUCACAAGAGGUUUUUUAUCCUCAUUUGGAUACUCCAAAUGUAAAAUAUCUGCGAAUCUUCAUUUCAAAUGUUAGCGAAAACCAACCGUGGCAAUUGGGCCCGAAUAAUGAGCCUAACCUCAUGACGUUAGAGAAUGCUUCCUGGACAAUGAGAAUUGAAGGCAGAUUAUUGGACGGUGUUCAGGCUAAUGAUCCGGCCAGAGAAAAGUUCAGCUCGUUCAUAGAAUCUAUAGUGGUUGACUUCAAAAAUAACGAAGAUGAUAAUGUUCCAUCUACUAAUGUUGGUGCUGCUCCUACUGGAGAAAAUAACACUGAAAUACCUAGUGACAAGAAAUUGAACCUAAGUUUACCUUUGCAGUUAUCUCUGCCGAAUGGUGACAGCUCCGCUACGAGCAACACCGUCAGUGAUGGCAUAAUGGAAAAGGAGACUGUUGAAAAAGACAUCAGCUCCACAGCCCCAAAAUUAGAGGUAGUAAAAUGGCAGUAUGACCCAAAUAAUCCUGUGGAUUUUGAUGGGCUUGAUAUCAAAAGGCCAGGGUCAGAGAAUGUAGAAUGUACUAUUAGCAUACUACGGAAGUCAUCCCCGGAGGAGCCGUUUAUGAGCUAUUCUCGCGAACUAGCCAGUAUAAUAGGGUUGAAGAGGGGAACAUCGCAUGAUGCGAUAUUCUCCAUAUAUAAAUAUAUUCAUUUGAAUGAGUUGCUCAUCGACGAUGAGUCUGCUUUUGAAAAUCUGAUGACUAAUAGAAACCAUCACAACAGCAAUACUAAUACUAAUAAGAUACUCGAUGCAGCCCACAACCAAACAUCUACUGUAAAACUAGACUCUCAACUCUUAACACUAUUACCUAGCAGUAUGAGGGAGGCUUCACCAGGAACAAUGAAAUUAAUAGAUUUGCUAGCUCUCGUUGAUACACAUUCGCUUCCAUUAGAAGCAAUCAAAAUUGAUUAUACGGUACGCGUGGAUAAAGCCUCCACUUACGGCGAGUUGGUCCUUGACAUUGAAGUCCCCGAUGUCAAUGCUCUAAAAUUCAAUCGUAAACAGAGAGAAAGCCAAAUCGGGGCAGCUGAAUUGAAUGAAAACCUCAAAGACCUGGAACAAGUCAAAUCCAAAAUAGCGUCGCAUGACAAAGAAAUAAGAUUUCUCCUGAACAAUUUACAUGAAAGCAACAAACGAUAUCGUUUCUUUAAAAAAAUAAGUGAGGAUCCGGUUAAGACGUUGAAUGAUUGCAUUGCAUCUACUUCGAAUGCUUUAAAGGUCUUAUCUGGUGAUGAAGGUUAUAAUGAAGAUAUGGUAAGAAGAGCAAACUUUUACAUGGAAAAUGAAGCCAUGUUGCGUGAAAACAUAGAAGUGAUACUAUCAAACGGACGAAUGUAG